CAGUUGCAGGCACUUUCAGCUGCACCAUGAAGUUUACAGUCCGGGACUGUGACCCUAACACUGGAGUUCCAGAUGAGGAUGGGUAUGAUGAUGAGUAUGUGCUGGAAGAUCUCGAAGUGACUGUGUCUGACCACAUUCAGAAGGUACUGAAGCCUAACUUUGCUGCUGCCUGGGAAGAGGUGGGAGAUACAUUUGAAAAAGAGGAGACCUUUGCUCUCAGUUCUACCAAAACCCUAGAAGAAGCUGUCAACAACAUCAUCGCAUAUCUCGGCAUGCAGCCAUGUGAAAGGUCCGAUAAAGUACCCGAGAAUAAGAAUUCCCAUUCCCUCUAUCUAGCAGGUAUUUACCGAGGUGGCUAUGAUUUAUUGGUGAGGUCCAGGCUGGCCUUAGCAGAUGGAGUGACCAUGCAGGUGACCGUCAGAAGCAAAGAAAGAACACCUGUAGAUGUUAUCUUGGCUUCUGUUGGAUAAGCUCUUACUGGGCAAGAUGAAGUUGAUGUACACUUUCACUGUCAGUGGACUUUUAGGUUAGUGGCAUGAAUUUCCCAGAAUCACACUUUGACUUCGAAAAAGCAUAUGAAACAUUUGGCCCUCAGCCAGCAGAUCAAGCAAA